CUUCCUCCCAGCUGAGGCCGUGAGUGCGGAUGAUCUGCGCGGGCCGACAUGGACCUGCGCUGCUUCACGUGUUCGCUUUUCCUGGCAUGUCUUUGCUGUACCGGAGGUCAACGCUUGGGGUGCCCUGAAGGAAAGUGGCAGUGUGAUGAUGGACAGUGUAUCACUGAAGCCUGGAGAUGUGAUGGACAAGGAGACUGCCUUGAUGGUUCAGAUGAAAUGGACUGUGCCGAGCUCUCAGGCUCAGAGUGUCCUGCAGGUCAGUUUUCCUGCCUGGACUCUGUUGGCUGUGUUAAUGCCUCUGCUCGCUGCGAUGGCAAAAUCCAGUGUCCUACUGGAUCUGAUGAGGAGAGCUGCCCACCCACCAAGGGCUGCAUAGACUCUGACUGGAUGUGUCAAAACGGCAUCUGCAUCCCGAAGGGACUGCGCUGCAACGGAGAAAACGACUGCAUGGAUAAUUCUGAUGAGGGUGACUGUGGAUUGUGUGAUGAGGGCGGCGUGCUAUGCCCAGAAGGGAAGUGUGUUUCUCCUGAAGAAAUGUGCGACGGGCAGCUUCACUGUUUGGAUGGCAGCGACGAGCCAAUAACCUGUGGCCGCAUCUGCUCCAUGAACAACGGCGGUUGCAGCCACGUAUGUACCGAUGAGUCCUGGGGGACACGCUGUGUUUGUCCUGCAGGGUAUGAGCUCUCCUCAAAUGGUGCAGUCUGUGAAGAUGUGAAUGAGUGCUCUUCUGCCUUGCCGCCUUGUGCACAUUACUGCAAAAACACUGUUGGCUCCUACCUUUGUCACUGCAAAAAAGGUUUCAAACUCAAUGAAGGCUCCAUUUGUCUGGCUUUAGGUAAUGCAACCCGAUUGCUGACAGUGCAGAGAAGCAAUUUAGGACUUUUGAAUGUCAAAUCUCAGCAGUUUAACAUCAUCCAGACUUCAGUGUCUGAUGCAGUGGCCUUAACAUAUGACAUUGCCAGAGGAUUGCACUACUGGGCUGAUGGCCGUGGGAGCAUCUACAAAACUAUUGGACGUCAAAGCUGGGCAGUCUACACGGGGGAGCCUGGGAUUCAAGCGCUGGCUUGUGAUUGGCUUAAUGGUUACCUUUACUGGACUAAUCUGAAGAUGGAAUCGAUCUACAUGCAGAUGCCUGAUGGGAGUUACACAACUCUGCUUAACAAAAAUGUCAAGCCGUCUGGGUUGGUUCUUUUACCUGUUGAGAGUUUGAUGUUCUGGAUCAAUGCGGGACCAGGUGAGAGGGUGACAAUCGAGAGGUCCUGGAUGGACGGGUCGGAUAGAAGCACUCUGACGGUUCUCACAGCCCAGUCUGCUCACAGCCUCACGGCUGAUGUCGCUGCCAGGAGACUGUACUGGAUCAGUGACUUCAAAAGGUCUGUAGAGACCGUGGGGGUGGAUGGGACCGGCCGUUACUCGUUUACAGGACUGUUCAGCAGGCGGCCCGCUCUGAGCCUGGCUGUGUUUGAAAGCAUGUUGUACUGGGUCGACAGCAGGGGAUUGUGGGAGGCUCCCCAAAGCAAACCGACUAAGCGCAAGUUUUUGUGGAAAACUGGAGUUCCCCUGUUGACAGUCUACCAUGAGCUUCAGCAACCUAAAGGGUCCUCUGCUUGUGCAAAGGCUCCAUGCGAACUCUGCCAGCUGACUAAAAAUAACCUGGUUGGAUUCACCUGUGCUUGUCCAGAUUCUAAAGUGCUAUUGCCAGAUGGGAAUUGUGACUUUUUGAGGUUUAUUUAUGCUACAAUUACAACUAUCAACUUGUUGGAGUUCAGAGGUGGACAGCACUCUGAAACCCAGCUCUUCAACACAGAUGAUGGGAUCCUGUCCUUUGAUCUUGACUGGUACAGAGACUGGCUCUACUGGGCCAAUGAAACGGGUCACGUCAAACGCAAAAAGAUGGCCCAGGUGCAGAUUGAAGUCAUUCCAAUGCCUCUGCCUGUUUGUCUAAUAAGUUUGGACCAGCAAAAUGAAAAUCUUUAUUGGGUGUCAUGUGACCAAAACACCAUUGGCACCACGACUAGUGGGAAAAACUACCCCAAACGCCUGUACCACACAACACUGGAAAUACACAACCUGUACCUCGACUGGCUAAGGAGUAAACUGUUCUGGAUGGAGGAAGAUCGUCUCUACAGUAUGGACUUAACAGGAGGCAAAGCCGAACUGCUGCUGAAAAUAGCAGAAGGGGUCAGGGGCGACAUUAGCUUUGACCUCAGAGCCAGCAGUCUGCACUGGAGCUCUGAAAGAGGCCUGGUAACACUGAGUUUGUUGAAGGAGACAACUCACCAAGCUGGAAAGAGAUGGAACGUCUCUGGCUCUGUAAUGGCGGCUUUUGAGCCUUUCCUGUUGUCCUUGUCUGAUCAUGUGAUCACUCUGUGGAAUCGACGCAAUGGGAGCAUCAUACAAGAUGUCAAAGUUAAAGGUCAUGUUCUGAGUGUCAUCCCUGCACUCGGGAACAUUAAAACAGUGCCUGAUCCUCCAGUAUGCAAAGAGCCGUCCAUGUUGUGCCGACACUCAUCCAUUUGCCUCCCAAAUUCCCAGGUUUGUGAUGGGAAGAGAGACUGUCCAGAUGGAGAUGAUGAAGAAUUUUGUGUAGUCACAUGUCCAUCCAAAGGGGAAUUCAAGUGCAAGGACAGAAGAUUUUGUAUCUCUCAAAGCCUUGUGUGUGACGGCCGUUCUCACUGUCGGGACGGCUCGGAUGAAGUUGACUGCCCCACUUUGGUCGCUCCUGUACCUCUGAAAAAUGUCCUCAAGUGUCAGAUGGGGUCGAAAGCAUGCAACGACGGCACUGAAUGUGUUUUACUCAGUCAUGUAUGUGAUGGAGAGCAGGACUGUAGAGAUGGUUCGGAUGAAUUGGGCUGUGAAACGGAUGCGCCACCAAGUACCCGCCCUCCGGCGGUACCAGCCUGCAUCAGCCCCUCUGUUCUCUGCCCGUCCACAUCCACACACAUCUGCAUUUCUCAAAGUCAAUUUUGCAAUGGCGUUAAAGACUGUCCAGAUGGCUUUGAUGAAAAGAGCUGCUUGGAAAAGUGUGUCUCAAGAACUGAUUUUCUAUGUAAAGACCGUAGAAGCUGCGUUUCAAAGAUCCUGGUCUGUGACGGCCGCUCUCAUUGCCACGAUGGUUCAGAUGAGGUCAACUGUGCGAGUGAAGGUCCACAAGCUCCUCAGAAACCCAAGCUGAAGUGUCGCUUUGGCUCCAAGCUGUGCAGAGACGGGGCGGAGUGUGUCCUCCUGAGUCACGUCUGUGACGGAGAGGCAGACUGUCAGGAUGGAUCAGAUGAAGAACAGUGUGAUGUUGCAGAGACUAAGGCUGCAGAAAAAGACUUGAAUAUACCCCCUCCCAUCAUCCCAUCAGCCACUCCCACAAAGGCAGCGUGCAGCAGCCCUUCAGUUCUGUGUCCAGGUUCUUCUUUAUGCAUCAAACCCACACAGAUGUGUGAUGGAAGAAGAGACUGCCCUGAUGGAUCUGAUGAGAAAUGUUUGAAAAGAUGUCCUUCUGCAUCGGAGUUCCUCUGCAAAGACCGUCUGAGCUGCGUCUUAAAGAAUCAGGUGUGUGAUGGUCGCUCUCACUGCCUCGAUGGUUCAGAUGAGUUGAACUGUCCGAGCACGGCUGCUCUUCCUAAAUCUUCAAACGUGCUGAAGUGCCGUUUGGGGUCAACGCUGUGUCGAGAUGGGACAGAAUGUGUCCUCCUGAGCCACAUCUGUGAUGGAGAGACGGACUGUAAAGAUGGAUCAGAUGAAGAAAAAUGUGAUGCUGCAGAGAAAGCUCCUUCAACUUCUAUGAAAACUGAGGUCAUGAGUUUGUCUCCUCCACUGAUCCCGUCAGUCACUCAGGCUCCCAAAAAGCCAGCGUGCAGCAGCCCUUCAGUUCUGUGUCCAGGUUCUUCUUUGUGCAUCAAACUCACACAGAUGUGUGACGGAAAGAGAGAUUGUCCUGAUGGAUCUGAUGAGAAAUGUGUAAAAAGAUGUCCUUCUGCAUCUGAUUUUCGCUGCAAAGACCGUAGAAGAUGCGUUCCCAGGAGGCAAGUGUGUGACGGCCGUGCUCAAUGCCACGACGGCUCAGAUGAGCUUAACUGUGUUGGUGAGGCUCCAGUUGCUCCAAAGAAAGCUGAUCUGAAAUGCCGCGUGGGCUCCAGACUCUGUCGGGACGGCACAGAAUGUGUUCUGUUUAGUCACGUCUGUGACGGCGAGACAGACUGUCAGGAUGGAUCUGAUGAGGAAGACUGUGAUGAAGUGGAGAGGACUGCAGAGACUCCAAAGCCAUCCUGUAGCUUUCCCUCUGUUCAGUGUCCAGAUUCGGCUGUUUGCAUAAACCCAGCACAGUUAUGUGACGGAAUAAGAGACUGUCCGGAUGGGUCUGAUGAGGCCUGCGUGAAAAACUGUGCUGAUGAGAGUGACUUCCUCUGCAAAGACCGCCGCAGCUGCGUCUCUAAGAGUCUGCUUUGCGACGGGCGCUCUCACUGCUACGACGGCUCAGACGAGGCCAACUGUCGGACCGAGGCGGCCCCCGAGUCAAAGUCUGAGGUGCUGCAGUGCCGCAUGGGCUCAAGACCGUGUGAUGAUGGCCGAGAGUGCGUCCUGUACAGUCAUGUAUGUGACGGGGAGGAAGACUGCCUGGAUGGAUCUGAUGAAAAGGGAUGCCAAGAAGACUGCAAGCAAGGAGAAUUUCAGUGUGCUCAUGGGAAAAUGUGCAUUCCUGAGUCGGAGGUGUGUGAUGGGAGGCCACAGUGUCGGGAUCGGUCUGACGAACUGGAUUGCUGGGAGAAAACAAAGGGCUGCGAGUUCCGCUGUGCUGAUGGCAAACGCUGCAUCCCUAAGAAAUUCCUCUGCGAUGGAGAGAUGGACUGCCUGGAUGGGUCAGAUGAGAUGGGAUGUGACUCCAGUCCUCUUGAACCAACAGGGUCUACUGUUCCCACCUCAGUUUGUGCUGCUCCGUCAGUCCUCUGUCUGGGUUCUUCUGUGUGCAUCUCUCAAAAGCAGCUGUGUGAUGGGCGAAGAGACUGUCCGGAUGGAUCUGAUGAGGAGAGCUGUGUGUUUAAAUGCCAAAAUGCAGAGGACUUUUUAUGCAGUGAUCACAGAAGAUGCGUCUCCAAGAUCCACGUGUGUGACGGCCGUGCUCACUGUCCGGAUGGAUCAGAUGAGAAACAGUGUCAGACAGCAGACCUUACCCCAACCACCUCUAUCAGUGUUCCAAGUGUCAAAACUGAACCUGUGAAAUGCCGCAAAGGUUUCAAAGCGUGCAAAGACGGUUUAGAGUGUGUGAUGUACAGCCACGUGUGCGACGGAGAGCAGGACUGUAAGGAUGGGUCAGACGAAGAUGGAUGCGAGACUCUAUGCAAAACAGGUGAGUUCCAGUGUGCCCAUGGCAACAGAUGCAUCCCACAGAAGGGGGUGUGCGAUGGGCAGAGGGACUGUCAGGACGGCUCUGAUGAAAUGGAUUGUUCAAGUCAAAUUGAGGGCUGCCAUCACCGCUGCGACAACAACACUCGCUGCGUACCACAGACCUUCCUGUGUGAUGGCGAGAGAGAUUGUGCCGAUGGCUCGGAUGAAGAAAAAUGUGGUUUGGUUCCCUGUUCUUUUUACCAGUUCCGCUGUGCCAGUGGGCAAUGUGUGUCCGAAGCUCUGAGGUGUGAUGGAUAUCCUGACUGCAGUGACCGCUCCGACGAAGCGGGCUGCGCCAAAUCCCCUCGCUGCCCGGCACAGCUGCAGUGCCCACACAGUCAUGAAUGCCUGCAGAAAGAGUGGCUCUGCGAUGGGGAUGAAGACUGCAAAGAUGGAUCAGAUGAAAAGAACUGCAACGCUCCUCCAGCAAAGUGCAGAGACUACCAGUGGCCGUGCAGAGAUGGCAGUAAAUGCAUUCCUCUCUCUUGGAGAUGUGAUGGGAAGGAGGACUGUCACGAUGGCACAGAUGAGGAAAAAUGUCUGCAGAGAAAAUGCCCCUCUCAUCUUUACCAGUGUGGCAGUGGGGAGUGUCUUGACCCCAGCUUGGUGUGUAACGGCCUCACAAACUGUGCUGACAGUUCAGAUGAAGGUGUGGAAUGUUCUCGUCACAACUGCUCCAGUCCCUCAUCUCCUCUGUGUGACCAGCGAUGCAUGAGCACUCCCAGAGGGCCGAGGUGUUACUGCACUGCAGGGUUCAAACUGCAACCUGGCGCCACUUUCUGCGUGGAUGCUGAUGAGUGCAGUUCAGCCGCUGCUCCAUGUAAACAUAGCUGUGUGAACACCAGAGGGUCUUACACCUGUCGCUGCCACCCAGGCUUCUACCUGGAGCCAGAUAACAAAAGCUGCAAGACCAAAGACGAGCCUUUGCUUCUGGCCUCAGUGCAGUCGGAGCUGUUGCUUCUCGGGGUUCACAGUGGCAGCUUAAAGCUUCUUUCUACUGCUAACCGGCCUGUCUUCUCUGUGGAUUAUGACUGGGCUCAAAGGAGAGUUUACUGGCUGAGCCCGACAUUCCAAAGCAUCCGCUGGGCUGACAUGAAAAACUCCAACAAAGGGACUCUGAUAAAAGGUGUGAAGUCGGAUGCCAUUGCGGUGGACUGGGUUGGUAAGAAUCUGUACUGGGUGGAAGGACUGCUUGGACAGAUUUUGGCGGUGAAGCUGAGCGCUUCCAUAGUCCGGUCUCAGGACUACACUGUGGUUCUGGGUGAAGACCUGGAGCAGCCGAGCUCACUGAUGCUGCUUCCAUUUAAAGGGUUCAUGCUGUGGUCUGAGAUUGGUAGCACCCCACAGAUCAAGCGGUCUGGAAUGGACGGUUCAAAGAGGAAGGUGUUGGUGAGCCACAACUUGAGUUGGCCAGUGAGUCUGGCUUAUGAUCUCCUUGAUGACCGGGUGUACUGGGCUGAUGAGAAGCUUCACUGCAUUGGGUCAUCCUCUCUGGACGGAGAAGACAUAAAGAUCCUCCAGUUGGCUGAAACUCCAAGUCCAUUCUCAUUGGCAGUUUUCAAUGACCGUGUUUUCUGGUCUGACACAAAGAGAAGAACCAUCCGCUCAGCUGACAAGAAGACGGGUAAAGAUCAGAAAGUUCUUCUGAAGAGGCCUGGACAGCCAUUUGGACUGAGGUUGAUGCAUGCCCUUUCCCAGCCAGCUCUGCCCAACCCCUGUGUGUAUCUCCACUGCUCCCACCUGUGCCUCCUGACUCCUGCAGCUCAAAGCAAAUCUGCGGCAGCAGAAUCCCCCGCAGCAGUCUGCCGAUGUCCAAAGGGCCUGCUGCUCUCCCAGGAUAAGAGAACCUGCUCUCUGCCUGAGGAGUCCUCUUUCAUCCUGCUUUUGUCUCAUCACACAGUCUAUCAGAUAUAUUUGCGCUCCAUGCGUCAUGAGGGAAUCGCACUGAAAAAGAUGCCCAACGGCCGAGAUUUCCCCCUAUCUGAAGAAAAAGAGCCGCUGGGUUUGGACCUUUCCAUUCCUCAGCUUUCUCUGUUUGUGGUUUAUGCAAAAGACUCUGUAAAUGUGUUGAAACUAAGCAGCUCCAAUUCAAAACCAGAACUCUCACAAGCUGGACAAAUUCUGAAACUAAUGCUGAAUGAGUCAGUCACAGCUCUAGCAGUCGACUGGGUGACAUCCAAUCUGUUCUGGAGCAGCAGUGAGAGGCCCGACGUCCAUGUCACGUCGAGUGACGGCCACACAACCUCUCUGCUUCAGAAGUCUCUGAUGGGCAUCACUUCAAUCGCUCUUCAUCCCCUCUCAGGUAGAUUGUGCUACAUUGCAACAGUGAUAAAGGAGUUGAAAGGUCAGACUGAGGUAGACUGUGCAUGGAUGGACGGACAUAACAAAGCAGUGCUGUGGAAGAAGUCCAGCGUCCCCAUUUCCCUGGUCUUCUCCAGUGAAGGAACCAUCAUCUACUGGGCUGACUCUGGUGAAGGUGUAAUCAGCUCUAUUGGUGUGGAUGGAUCAGGGUACCAGGAAUACAAGACGGGGUCUAAUCUGCUGGUCUCCUUCACGCGCAUUGAGAACGUCCUUAUCUGGGCAACCCGAGACAAAGAUGUGACCAAACUGUGGUUCAGUGACGGGCUGCAGCCCAAACAACUGUGGUUCGAGACAAAAACCAAAGUGCUGGAAGUCAGAGCCUACAAUGAGAGCCAGUCAGGAAAAAAUGGCUGCUUCAACAAUGGAGGCUGUUCACACCUGUGCUUGCCUUAUCCUGGAGGACGCUCUUGUAAAUGUGGACAGGGCUUCUACAGCAUCAAUGUCACUUCCUGUGCCCCGCUCCCCUCCUGCCCCACCGGAGAAGAAGCUUGCCUCGAUGGCAGCAAAUGCUUUAGCCGCACCAAGAUCUGUGACGGAUAUGUGGACUGUCCAGAUCAUUCUGAUGAAUGGGAUUGCCUAAGCUCCACAUCUUCAGGUCCCAAAGUUGGUGACGUCAUGAAGAACUCUAUCCUCCCCAACAAAGACUCAGUUUCCUGUGAUCUGAAGCGCUGUAACGGCCAUGGCAGCUGCAUCAGGCAAGGCAAACUGACCAGCUGUAAAUGUGCAGCGGGAUACAAAGGAGAGUUCUGUAAGGAUCGAGACCGUGGACAAAGCCAUCCUGCUGUGAUCCUGGUUUCCUUCUUCCUGGUUACUGGAGUUGUUGUGGCUGCUUUUGUUCUAUCUAAAAGGAUGAGCUGGAAGCUCUUUGGAAACAAAUCGGCUGAUAAAGAAACUCUUAUGGCCAACAUGGGUCUGCCUGAAAACGAUUCCGACUCGGAGGAACUGGAGUCUCCAGUUGACAUAAAGAGUCCCCUGCAGUCAAAGUCUGUCACCUGAAUGUUGUUUUUAUGACAAGUGCUUAAUAACAUGUCAACUAUUUUUCUUGUAAUAAACGAGAUGAAUGGUGAAAAUAAAGUUUUAAUGAGUCUCAGUAGAA